ACUAUCAUUCAACCAAUAACACUCUCUAUAUAGAAACCCUAGUAAGCUCAGUGAUAGUACAUCCUUAAAAUUUACUACAUUUCCCUAGCUACUCUUUUAAACAAAAUGGAAAGAGGUGGUUACGGUUCAGAAAACACCGGCUAUGGUGCCACUGAAGGCAACCACUAUGGCUCUGGAGGCUAUGGUGAGACAGAAGGCAACCGCUAUGGUUCUGGUGGUGGUGGAGGCUAUGGUGGUGAGUCAGAAGGCAACCGCUAUGGCUCUGGAGGUGGUGGUGGCUAUGGUGAGUCAGAAGGCAACCGCUAUGGCUCUGGAGGUGGUGGUGGCUAUGGUGGUGAGACAGAAGGCAACCAAUAUGGCUCCUCAGACUACAACACCGGUACUGGUGGUGUUGGUGGUGGUGGGUAUGGGUCCACUGAGGGUAACCAGUAUGGAUCCGACAACACCACUGGCGGUGGGUAUGGUGGUGAGACAAAGAAGUAUGGAGAGGAAGAUGGCUACAAGAAUAGUGAGAUGAGUGAAGAGCCAGCUAGGGAUUAUGAUAAGGAAGAGAAGAAACAUAAGCAUCUUGAACAACUUGGUGGCCUUGGUGCUGUUGCUUCCGGUGCUUAUGCUAUGUAUGAGAAGCACCAAGCAAAGAAGGACCCAGAGAAUGAACACAAGCACAGAAUAGCUGAAGAAGUGGCAGCUGUAGGCGCGGUCGCGUCUGGUGGUUUUGCUUUCCAUGAGCAUCACCAGAAAAAGGAUGUUAAGGAGGACCGAGAGGAGGCCGAGGAGUCGGAGGGCAAGAAGAAGAAGCAUCAUUUCUUCUAAUUUUAAUCAACCCCUUUAAUAUACUAUGCUAUGAAAAAAAAAAUGUUUUAAUUUUCCCAUAAAAACAAAACAAAAAAUUAAAAAAGAUGGUUUUUAUUUUGAGUACUCUUUUUAUUGUUUUGUCAAGGGGAAAAUUAAAACACGUAUGUUGUUGGUGUAUUUAAGUGAUAAGCCUCAUGUUAUUAUCUUAGUUUCAAUAUUGUUUGUUGUAAUUAAGUGAGUGAUAUGUUUGGCUUGUAUCUUAAGCUCCUUAUCUCUAAAUCGGUUAUAUCCGGUUGAUUGUGAUUAGUGUGUUAAUAACAUUAUUAUUAUUAUUA